AUGGCAGAUCUGAAUGUCAAUGAGUUAUCGCUAGAAGGGGACGAGGAGGAAGGAGGGUUUUGUUUUGAUGUGGAUGAAGAUGGUGAAGAAGUCGGAGAUCUAAGAUUGUGUCUCGUAGGAAGAUUUUUGUGUGAUAAACCGAUCCAUGUUAUGUCUAUGAAGAAGAGAGUGGCGGAUAUGUGGAGACCGGUCAAGGGGGUUAUUAUCAAGCAGGCGAUGGAGGGUUUGUUCUUAUUUCAAUUUUCCCAUAAGUUAGAUAUGGAGGCUGCAUUGAGAGGAGGGCCGUGGACUUUUGGGAGCCAUUUGUUGAUCAUCGAGAAGGUACAAAUCGGAGUUCAGAUUGAAAGUAUCCCUCUGUUCCAUGUCGAGUUUUGGGUACAGGUUCAUAAUAUUCCCGCAGGACUAAUGCUGGAGAAAGUGGGCAAAACAAUUGCUAAUUUUAUAGGUACUUUUGUGGAGUACGAUAAGCAUAAUAAUUCUAGUUUCUGGAGGCAGUAUAUGCGGCUGAGGGUGAAGGUAGAUGUCCGUAAUCCUUUGAAGAAAAAUACCAGAGUAAAAAAUAGAGGUGGAGAAUGGUGCACAGUUACUUUUAAGUAUGAAAACCUUGGCCUAUUCUGUUUUGUAUGUGGAAUUUUGGGUCAUUCGGAUCAAAGGUGCGAAGUCCGAUUUGCGAUGGAGGAAGAUAAUGGAAUUAGGGAAUGGUCUAAUGACAUUAUGGUGGAGAAUAGGAGAUACAAUAAUGCUUCUAGUUCAAAGUGGUUGAAGGAGGAAGGAGCUGGUAGUGAGAAGAAUGGGUCAACGAGUAGCAGCGGUACACAGCAUCCGCGCGUGAGAAUCACCACCAGGAUGAAGCGUGUGAUUCACAAAUCCAACCAGAAGGGGCCCCACAAAAUGUGA